AUGUUGAGGGACAGUGUGUUGGAAGAUGGAAAUCUUCAUAAAGACUCACAAGACAAAAAUGUCAUGGUGGAAGAAGAAGGUAGGUAUAAUUUAGAGAUGGUUGAUGAUCAAAAUUUUAAUACAAACAACGGAAACAAGGCACGAGAAGAAGGUGUGAAAGAGAUUAACGCAGAAAAUCUUUUCGACAUAGACACAUCGCUUACAAACAAAGGAGAAGUUAGAAAACGAAAGAAGUAUGUGUUGUUAAAAAAGAAGAGGAAGGUCUUUUUGUUUCAAAAUAGAGUUAAAAAGCACGAAGUCAAGCCUCCGUGUAAGUGUAAAAAAAGCUGUUCAGUCCAAAUUGGAGAAGCUCGGCGGUUAGAAAUUAAUAUUAAGUACUGGAAAAAAUCAUUUACAGAGCAAAAAGCUUUUUUAAGUCAUUUUAUAGACAUUUCCUCUGUAAAAACUAGACGUCCAGGCAACACAAAUGACUCUAGAAAACAGUUCUCAAAAAGAUAUUUUCUCAAAAAUGAAAAUGGUGAACGUCUCAAAGUUUGCAAGGUCUUUUUUUUAACGACUCUGGGAUAUGCAGGAAAGAACGAUUCCAUAUUACGAAAUAUCGACAGUCCCCCUAAGGACAGGCGAGGAUCUUACACAAAAAAGAAAGUGGACAGGGAGAUAAUUCAAACUCACAUAAAAAAGUUCUCUCCUUGUGUAUCACAUUAUAGGCGAGAGCAUGCACCUAAUAAAUUAUAUUUACCAAGUGACGUUACGGUAGUAAACAUGUUUUCGGAUUUUAAGAAAUGUCAUCCAGGACUACAAAUUUCUUAUGAAUUGUACAGAACUGUGAUUAAAGACAUGAAUAUUUCAUUUACUAAGUUGGGCCAUGAAGAAUGUGAAAAAUGUGAUGCAUUUUUGUUGCACGAUAAUGGCCAUAACAAACAAAAUGCCAAUGAAAAUACUGAUUGUGACAAAUGCUUUCAGUGGCUGGAUCAUAUCAAAAAGGCAGAAAUGUCCAGGGAAGAAUAUAGAAGUGACAAGAAGAAAAUUGACGAUAAUGAGUCUCUAUAUUAUUCUACUGACAUGCAGAAGGUAAUCAUGCUACCAAGAAUAGAUAUGUUUAAACAAGUCAUUUUUACACCUAGAAUCAUCGUUUUUAACCAGUCAUUUGUUCCCUUGGGCUCAAUUUCACAAAAACAUAAAGCGGUAGCUAUUCUUUGGCAUGAAUGCAUAUCAGGACGAAAAAAAGAAGACAUAAUAAGUGCCUAUAAUGGUUUCUUGACAGGUUAUGCCAGGGAUAAAAAAAGUGUAUAUUUGUGGGCUGAUAACUGCAGUGCUCAAAAUAAAAACUGGUGCUUUUUGAGCUAUUUAAUUUACGUAAUUAAUUGUGAUCACAUUGCUGCUGAAAAACUGACAAUUAAAUAUUUUGAAACAGGGCAUACAUUUAUGUCUGCUGACAGUUUUCACCAUUUGGUUGAAAAGAGCAUGAAGGAAAACCCUAAAAUUUAUGAUUUUCAGGAUUUUUUAAAUGCGGUGCAAAAUAGUACAAAAAGUAGCUAUAUAAAAGAAAUGAAUUUUUCUGAUUUUAAGCAUUGGCCUAACCUAACAACCAACUAUCAAUUACAAAAGAUUAAUAAAAACCGACCACUUUUAAAAGAUAUUGCAGUUCUGGAAGCAAGAAGAGGCUCCAAAUGUCUGUAUUAUAAGACGUCGUUUAAGGAUGUUGAAUAUAAAGAAUUAAAUAUGCUCUCAAAAAAAAAUACUUCUUUAAAAGAUCCUGAAAAUCAUACCACUGAUCGUGGAGUUUCUUCUGAAAGAAAAAAUCAAAUUAUCACCAACUUAUCCUCUUUAAUUCCAAAACAUAAAUUAUCAUUUUGGCAGAACCUUCACGAGAGCAAUGCUCAAAAUUUAAUUACCGUGGUUGAGGAUGAUUAA